AUGGCAUCUUCCCAAAUUUCGGAAAGCAAACUUUUCAAGCCGUUGAAGCUCGGCAGCACGCAGCUCGACCAUCGCAUUGCCAUGGCACCGUUGACCCGAUACCGCAGCGACGCAACCCACGUGGCCAAACCUUUUGUCCCUCGUUAUUAUAGCGACAGAGCCUCGACUCCGGGCACCCUGAUUAUCUCAGAGGCUACCGGCACGUCAAUGCCUGAAACCGGAGUACCACACGGCCCAGCCUUCGUGACAGACGAACAAGUCGCUGCCUGGGAAAAGGUUAUCGCUGCAGUUCACGAGAAGAAGGGUGUGUGGUUUCAGCAGAUCUGGGCUCAAGGCCGAGCUGCGGAUCCCGAGUAUCAGAAGCAGCGCGGCUUCAGGUUUCGGUCCUCGAGCGCUGUGGCCAUGGAACCUGGCGCACCUGUCCCCGAAGAAAUGACUGAGGAAGAGAUUUUGCAAGUCAUUCAAGAUUUUGCGGACACAGCCAAGAGAGUUGUUGCUGCGGGCGGUGACGGUGUCGAAAUUCAUGGAGCCCAUGGUUACCUUCUUGACCAAUUCCUCUCAGACUCCGUCAACAAGCGUACUGAUAAAUGGGGAGGCUCGAUUGAAAACCGAGCUCGGCUUCUUCUCGAAGUCGUCAAGGCGGUCGUCGAAGUUGUCGGUGCUGAGAAAGUGGCACUUCGACUUUCUCCAUAUGCAUCUUUCCAGGGCGCCGAGUCAUCUGAUAUCCAUGGACAGUAUACCUACAUUGUCAAGGAGCUGCAGAAGAUGAACGCUCCUUUCGCUUAUCUGUCAUUGGUUGAGGCCCGAGGCGACCCUGCCAAGCUUUUGAACGCUACGCACGAUCCCAAGAUUGCUCAACAAACCCUCAAUUUCAUCCUGGACAUCUGGGACAACUUGUCCCCUGUUGUUGUGGCCGGCGGCUAUAGCCCUGAGAGCGCGGCCCAGGUAUUGGAAGAGCACUAUUCAAAGUGGGAUGUUAUUGUUGCAUUUGGAAGAAGCUUUAUUGCAAACCCAGAUCUUGUCUGGCGCAUUAAGCACGGCGUUUCACUCACAGAGUAUCACCGCUUUUCAUUCUACAUUCGGGGUUCCGAGAUUGGGUACAACGAUUAUACAUUUAGUCAGGAGUACAUUGACGCGCAACGAGAAUGGGCUUUGGCGAACCUGGCCUCGAACUCAAAAUAG